AUGGACAUGAAUAUUUCAGUUUUCUAUUUUCUAGCCUUUUUGCUAUGUGGAAUGUUCAUAGAAUGUGAUUCUUGGCCCGUUAGCAAUUACAAUUUUGUGGUGAGGGAGGCCCCCUUCAGAAGGCUCUGCAAAGCUAAAAAGAUUUUAACAGUAAAUGGAGAAUUUCCGGGACCAACACUCUAUGUUCAUAGAGGUGAUACAAUUUAUGUCAACAUAUAUAACCAAGGGAAAGACAAUAUCACCAUUCACUGGCAUGGAGUAAAGCAGCCGAGAAACCCGUGGUCAGAUGGACCUGAAUAUAUAACACAGUGUCCGAUCCAACCGGGGAAAGUACAAGUACAGAAGGUUAUAUUUUCGACAGAGGAGGGUACUCUGUGGUGGCAUGCUCAUAGUGAUUGGUCCCGGGCAACUGUCCAUGGCGCAAUUGUUGUAUAUCCAAAGCUUGGCACUAGCUACCCUUUUGCUCAACCAUAUCAAGAAGUUCCAAUCAUCCUAGGAGAAUGGUGGAAGACUGAUGUGAGGAAGGUACUCAAGGAGGCCCUUUUGAAGGGAGGCAACCCAAGAACCUCCGAUGCUUUUACCAUCAACGGCCAGCCUGGUGAUUUGUAUAACUGCUCCAAGCGUGGAACUUUCAAGUUGAAUGUAGAACAUGACAGAACCUAUCUUCUUCGGGUUGUUAAUGCAGCAAUGAAUCAUAUUCUCUUCAUUGCCAUUUCCAGACAUAACCUCACAGCAGUAGGAGCUGAUGGCUCAUAUAUUAAGCCAUUCACGAAAGAAUACAUGGUCAUAGGCCCUGGCCAAGCUCUAGAUUGCCUUCUACAUGCCAACCAAGAAUUAGGCCGGUAUUAUAUGGCUGCAAGCGCAUACUCCACUGGGGUUCACGUUGAGUUCGACAAAACUACCACCACCGCCAUCCUGCAAUACAGUGGAAGUUAUCCGAAAAAUGUGGCUCCUUUGUUGCCUUACCUUCCUUCCUUCACUAAUACAACUGCAGCUUUUGAUGUUCUUGGCCAGUUUCGAAGCUUGGCAAGCCAAGAUCAUCCCAUCUUCCCCCCAACUAAUUAUCUCAGAACCAAACUGCUAUUCGUUAUCUCGAUUAAUGCAUUCCCAUGUCUUAAUAACCUGUGCCAGGGACCAAAUGGUACAAAGCUGGCUGCUAGCAUGAAUAACAUAAGUUUUGCUUAUCCAAAUGUUGAUUUGUUACAAGCUUAUUAUUAUAAAACUUCUGAAGCUUUACUUGGUGAAAGCAUUCCCAGUAAUCCCACAGUAGUGUAUAAUUACACUGCUGAUUAUCAGGAUUUGAGUUCAGAACUAACGAGAAAGGGGACGUCAGUAAAAUUUCUGGAAUACAAUUCUGAUGUAGAGAUUGUGUUUCAAGGCACAAGUUUAGUAGCUGGAAUGGACCAUCCUAUGCAUCUCCAUGGAUACAGUUUCUACGUCGUGGGAUGGGGUUUUGGUAAUUUUGACACAGAGAAAGAUCCUCCGGCUUAUAAUCUCGUGGAUCCACCAUUGCUUAACACAGUUGUUGUCCCCAAGGAUGGCUGGACUGCUGUAAGAUUCAGGGCAGACAACCCUGGUGUUUGGUUUCUGCACUGCCAUAUAGAAAGACAUCAGACUUGGGGAAUGGACACGGCAUUGAUAGUUAUGGAUGGAAACCAGGAUGAAGCUAAAAUGUUACCCCCUCCUCCUUAUAUGCCGCCUUGUUGAACAUGUUUUUAUUUAAGACUUCUCAUAUUUAAUCUCUAAGACUUCUAAUAUUAAUCUUUCAUGAACAUUAAGAAAGUUACAAUAUAUAUUACAUAUACAUAUCUGGAAUUAUAUGCCCCACACAUGCUUUA